CUACGAAAAGAACAGUCUUUCGAAAAAACGCAUCGCAUCGCAACGUUCGUUUCGUAUUUAAAAAUAUUCUACUGUCAAGUGAUUUAAAAAAUUCUUUUCAUUUUGUCACAAACGAAAAAAGUGAAAUAAAAUAUUUUAAAUUAUUACUUAACAUUAUGUUUUUAACACAAAUACCAAAACAAUAUUCCAAGAUCUCUUUAAUCUCUGUGAUUAUUGUUUGCAUCAUCAGUCACACCUUAGCCGUCACUAGACCUCUGGAUCGCAAUGCGUUUACGAUUUAUUACAACAAUAAACCCGCCAAUAAGAUGGGUCACUUUAUGUUCGAAUUUCAGACAUCGAAUGGUAUAACAACAAAAGCGGCGGGAAAUGAGCAUGGCUUCAGUGGUGUCGUCCAGUAUGUUUCUCUCGAGGGUUUACCCAUUACCAUGACAUAUGUAGCCGAUAGUGAUGGUUAUCAUCCAGAUGGUGAACAUAUUCCAAAAAUACCAAAUCAUAUUACGAAAUCAAUAGAAUAUAUACGUACGCAUCCAGCUGUCGAUGAAAAGAAAUCACGUAAAAUGUAAGUUAGAUUAAGGAAAGCGAUAAGAUAAGUUGUGGUGAAAUAUUAUGAAUUACCAAUUUAUUUGUAAGAAUAUAUAACAGCUGAUUUCUCACAAUCAAAUCAGAUUGUUUCUCUUAAUCUGAGUCCAUUUUAGACCUUGUUUAUUUGUAAUAUAUUCUCUCGUACAAUUUAGUUAGUCAAAUAUUUUUAAGUUUGUAUGUAUGUCUGUGUUCAAGUUCUUUAAUUAUAAUUUAUUUAAUCACCUUUAGUGUAUUUAAAUUUUAUUACAAUUUAUUUUAAUUUAAAUAUAAUAAUAAAAUAACAAUAAACAAAAUACAAAAAGAUUUAUAGCAUCAAUUACAAAGUGUUUAUCUCACUUCAAAAGAAAUUAAAUUUAAUUUCUUUCAAACAAACCAACAUUUGAAAGUUGUAUUUUAAACUUGUCUUAAGAACUUGAGAAGUUUUUAAUAAUAAUAAAAAACAAAAUAAUUAUCAAAAAUAAUAUUUAAUAUGUGUUCAUGUAAUUAAA